AUGGAUAUCGUUGGUACGAUCACACGUUUACCAACACUUUUUUUUGGCGCAUCACCGUGUGAUGACAGUUUUGCUGAUCGACUUUCAUAUAAAUAUACAGUUUUAAUGCUUGCUCUCUUCGCUAUUCUUGUUACUAGUAAGCAAUUUGGUACUAAACACAUACAAUGUUGGGUUCCUGCACAGUUUACGAAAAACUACGAGGAAUAUGUUAAUGAUAUAUGUUGGGUGUCUAAUACAUAUUAUAUUCCUCUCGAACAAAAAGUGCCAACACUCGAACAUGAAAGACGUCAAAAUGAACUACGUUAUUAUCAAUGGAUACCAUUUAUAUUAAUUCUUCAAGCAUUUGGUUUUUAUUUCCCACACAUUGUUUGGCGUUCAUUAUCACGUCGUAGUGGUAUUGAUGUUCGUGAUAUAGUGGAUGCUGCUAUUCAUUAUAAAUCUGUUGACGUAGCAACACAAGAUGAUAAACAUAAAAAUGAAUUGAUGGAAUAUAUUGUCGAAGCCAUUGAUAAAUAUGUUGAUGAUCCACGACGACAAGUUGAAGAACGUCGCCAAAGUAUAAGUUUAAAAUAUGUACUCCUGACAAUAUGUAUUUGUUUGGGAAAAUAUUUGGGCAAUUAUUUAAUUAUUGUUUAUUUUACAACCAAAGCAUUGUUUAUAGCCAAUGCUGUCUGUCAAAUAUUUUUAUUAAAUUUAUUUUUGGGACAAGAAUUUCAUCUCUUUGGGAUACAAGUAUUAAAGAGAAUUCUUCAAGGACGAGGUUGGGAUACACAAUCGAGAUAUUUUCCGAAGGUAACAUUAUGUGAUUUUCAAAUUCGAGAAGCUCUUCACCUAAACGGUUCACAUCGGUAUACUGUGCAAUGUGUUCUACCGUUAAAUCUAUUUUCUCAACAAAUUUUUACUUUUAUUUGGUUUUGGUAUAUGAUGGUUUUUAUAGUUUCAAUAUUUGAUGUUAUUGCUUGGGUAACAAGAUUUUUUCCAAGUAAACAGUAUAAUUAUAUAAAACGACGAUUGCAAUUAAUGAAACGUGAUACUGAAUUUAAUAAUUAUCCACCAGAGUUUGUUAAACGCUACUAUAUGGAAUUUAUAUUUGGUUAUCUUGAGCCAGAUGGUGUACUUAUGCUUCGUUUGUUGUCAUCGAAUACAAGUGAUUUUGUUUGUACUGAAGUUAUCAAUCAAUUAUGGCAAAGAUUCUAUAAGAGAGAUCCAAAACGAACAAAACGAAAUCGUAAACCUGAAUCAAAUAGUGAACAAGUAGCACAGGAGCGUAAACAGCAAAUAGCAAAAACGGCCGAGACUCAUGAUUCAAUUCGAUGUCGAAGUUUAAAAGCUACGUCCAUCCCAACUCAAACAAAUAAUGGUCAUGAUGUAUUAAUACGAAGUAGAAAAUCUUCUUUUCAACCUCGAGUCGAAGAUAAUGUAUAA